AUGCAAUGGGAUGACAUGUUGGACCGCGUGCACAUCGAUGAAAAGUGGUUUUAUCUCACCAUCGUGAACCCCCGGUACUACUUGUGGCAUGACAAAGCCGGUCCAGCCCGCAAGUGCGCGUCGAAGCGACACAUUAUCAAGGUGAUGUUUUUGACAGCCGUGGCAAGCAAAAAUCGAGCACGCGGCACUCCUGUGACAACGCCAGUUACUGUGACCAAAGCUGUUUACCGGGACUAUCUAUUACGGUAUGUGAUCCCUACUAUCAAGGAGGUGUGGCCUAGUCGACGCAGUCGGCCAAUCUUUAUCCAACAGGAAAAUGCUCGACCCCAUGUAGAAGUCGACGAUGAUGCCGUGACGUUGGCGGGUUGCUCCGACUGUUGGAAGUUUCUGCUUGUGGCGCAGCCGGCGAUGAGCCCCGACUUCAACGUUUUGGACCUUGGUUUUUUCAACUUGAUCCAGUCCUUGCAGCAUCGUGAAGUCGUCACUGGCAUUGACGAUCUUGUGGCGGCGGUUCACCGGGCUUUUGGUGACCUGGAUUGGCGCGUUCUUGACAAGACCUUUGUGACCCUUCAGAGGGUCAUGGGCGAGUCAUUGAAGAUGGGAGGCGACAACUCGUUCAAGUUGCCGCACACCACAAGAACACGAAUGCAAGAGUUGGUCCUAUCGCUCCUCUCGUGUGUGAUCCAGAUGUAG